UCGCCCUCGCUACUUCGCCGACCCCUUGCGCCAUGCAUUCGCCGGCGCCGCCCCCGCCCACCAACACGCCGUCCCGGGCUCCCGUCGUUCCGGCUGCCCGCCGCCGCCGCCAGCGGCCGAAGCCGCCUUCCUCCCCGUCCGUUCCCGACGCUGAGCAGCCGCCGGACGCCCUCGCCCGCAUCCUCCGCACCGAGGCCGCCGUCUCGGGCGUCUCCCGCAAGGCCGCGGCCGCGCGGCAGCAGUCCACCCGCCUCUGGCCCCGCGCCGUCCUCGAGGCCCUCGACUCCGCCGUCGCCGCCUGCCGCUGGGAGUCCGCCCUCGAGAUCUUCGAGCUGCUGCGGAAGCAGCACUGGUACGAGCCGAGGUCGCAGACCUACGCGCGGCUGCUGAUGAUGCUCGGCAAGUGCCGGCAGCCCGGCCCAGCCACCGCCCUCUUCAAGGCGACGCUCUCGGAGCGGCUCCGGCCGACGGUGGACGUGUACACGGCGCUCGUCGGCGCGUACGGCUACAGCGGCCUGCUGGAGGAGGCGCUGGCCACCAUCGACCAGAUGAAAGGUGCUGCUGAUUGCAAGCCGGAUGGGUACACGUUCUCUGUCCUCAUAGAUUGCUGCGCUAAGUCGCGUCGCUUCGAUCUGAUUCCUGCUCUUCUUGAUGAGAUGUCGUACCUGGGGCUUGAAUGCAAUUCUGUUAUUCACAAUGCGAUAAUCAACGGGUACGGUAAAGCCGGCAUGCUUGAGGAGAUGGAGAGUGCACUUUCCAUUAUGCUUGAGAGUGGGAACAAUGUGCCUGACAUUUACACGAUGAACUCUAUCAUCUGGGCUUAUGGGAACAAUGCAAGGACAAAUGAAAUGGAGAAGUGGUACAAUGAGUUUGAGUUGAUGGGUAUUGAGCCAGAUACCAAGACGUUUAAUAUCAUGAUCAAGUCCUAUGGUAAGGCUGGCAUGUAUGACAAGAUGAUGUCGAUAUUCAAAUAUAUGAAGAAACGCUUCUUCUCUCCGACCACGGUUACCUUCAACAUAGUAAUAGAAUGUUUUGGGCGUGCUGGCAACAUUGAAAAGAUGGAGUACUACUUCCGGCUUAUGAAAAUUCAGGGUGUGAAACCCAGCCCCAUCACCUACUGUUCUCUAGUUAACGGGUACAGCAAAGCUGGACUUCUUGACAAGGUUCCAGGAAUUAUUCGGCAGACUGAGAACACUGAUGUUGUCUUAGAUACUCCAUUCUUCAACUGUGUUAUAAGCGCAUAUGCAAAAUCUGGAGAUAUCAAAAUAAUGGAAGAAAUGCUGCAGCUUAUGAAGGACAAGAAAUGCAAGCCUGACAAGGUAACUCAUGCCACCAUGAUUCAGGCAUACACUGCACAUGGGAUGGAAGAAGCUGCUAGGUUGUUAGAGAUGGAGGCUGAAAGAUUUGAUAAAAAGUUGAUGGGACCGGUUUCUGAGGUUGAUGGCAAAUAAUGCCUACAAUCCUUCCUUUGUGGGUUAGUGCUAAUCCAAGAUUAGAUAAACAUGAUUCUAUGCAAGAGGUGCUGCCAAUUGGAUGCAGACGGCAAGAGAACCAGAAAACGCAGAACUCUUUCUAUAUCCUGGUCAGAUAACUAGUUCCUCUGGCAGAUAGAUAAUCCAUCUAUUUGGGGCUCGCAUUCAGUACUCGAAUAUGAUGGUCGCGCGCACACAAGCAGAUUGCAGAUCUGCCACCGCGCUGAUCUGGGGAUGAGUUCACACUUGCCGCGGCAGCGAGCUUCAUGACGAAGAAGCACGUGCUCUUACUUCAUGCCGGGGGUGACAGCAAGAGCCAAGAGGGUUCCCUGGGCGAACCCCAUGGGGAAGGCUUUCCUGCCCCUGCCUUACCUGGCCGGGGACAAUCCUGAUGGACCCGUUACACUUCUUUCGAUCACAUUCUCGCGAUUUCAUCAAGCGCAAGGCAAGCCUUCAACAAUCAAGAUUGUAGCUUAUAGAGAAAAAUGACUAGAACCUAUUGUCCAUAAAAAGGCACUGCCACUUUUGUGCUGUUUCUAAUUUCCAAUAGGUGACCAGGUGGGAUCUUCAAUGCUUCAUAAUGACAGGGGAUGUUCUCCCCUGCUUUGGUGCCUCAAACCUAGUUCUUCCUGAAGAUGCUGCUUGCAUUGUGACGGUGCCCACCACUCUGGAUGUUGCCGCUAAUCAUGGAGUGGUUGUAGCGUCAAAGGAUGGCGGGAUUGAUCGGGAGAACUAUUCUCUAUGUCUGGUUGAUAAUCCCAUGCAGAAGCCAACAGUGAGCGAGCUUGUAGAGGGCCAUGCCAUUCUGGAUGAUGGGAGAGCAUUACUUGACACGGGAAUAAUAGCAGCAAGGGGUAAAGCAUGGCAGGACCUUGUCACGCUUGCACUCAUCUGGCCAUACCACCCAUGUAUUGUUACAGACCAGAAUCUACAGUGCUCAUAAAUUAAUGACGAAUA